AUGAGUGAUCAUUCAAUAUCGACAAAAACGACGAAUUCACAUGCAUCGACGCCAUUAGGCUCGGUAGCAAAUACUCUAAGCAAUCAACAUCAUCAAAAAAUUGAACCUAUUGAUUAUACAGCUGAUGAAAGUAUGAUUGCUGAUUUCAUGGCUGUUUUACCUCAACUUGAUCCAGGUGAUUCAUCAUCAACAGCAACUUCUCCAACAUUAAAAAUUAAAGGACAAACGAAUGAUUCAUCUAAAUCACUGAAUAAAUUCGAUGCAUUCGCUGUUGCUGUUCAACAACAAUUACUCACUCCAUCAUCUGGUUUAUCAACCGUUCAAUCAUCAUCGUCAUCACCACCAAGAAAUCAAAUUGAUUAUCAAAAUAAUAAUAAACGUAAGCGUAAAAUUGAUCGUCCAGCACAAAAACGUAUACGUGGUUCAUAUAAACUUGUUUCACCUGAACAAAAAGUACGAAUACAUGAAUAUGCUGAAAAACAUGGUGUUAAAGCAGCAUCAAAAUUAUUUCAAGUUGCACCAUCAACAAUAGCUUCAUGGUUAUAUCAAAAACCAAAUGGUGAACGUACAUCAGCUAUACGAAAUAAAGAAGCACAUUCACGUAUACUUGAAUGGAUUCAAACACGACAAGAAAAUGGUGAACGUGUAAAUAAUCGUGAUUUUCAUUCCUAUGCAUUAGCAACAAUGAGAGAAUUAACCGGAAAUCCAGAUUUUGCUGCAUCACGUUCAUGGUGUUCAAAUUUUAUUAAAAAAUAUAAUAUUCAAUUAGAUAGUGAUAAACAAGUUGAUUCAACAUCUGCACAAUUUCGUUUUGAUUCUGUUGAUGAAAAUGCUAGUGAAAGUUCACAAUGUUAUAUUGGUGGAAAUAGUUCAGCUGAUGUAUUAACAGAUGAUGAUGAUGAUGGUAAUACAAAUCAUCAUAUAACAAAUAAUGGUGAUAAUCAAACAAGUCCACAUAGUGAUCAGACAGUAAAUCCAAGUAAUUCAUUAUCACCAACACAUAUAACAAUAACAAAUGGUAUGGAUGAUGUAUCAACAACAACACCAAUUAUAAUUAAAGUUGAACAAGAUAAUGAUUUUCAUUGUUCAUCACCUUCCUCUCCAUCAAUACAAACAUUACCAAAUAAAAUAAAUGUUGCAACUAGUUUAUCAGUAUCAUCAUCAUCAAAUUCAACGAAAAGAUUAACAGGCACAUUGAAUCGUUUAUUACAUUCAGUUGUUAAUCGACCAAAUGGACAUCAUUCUCAUCCUCAUCAUCUUCAUCAUAAUGGUUUAACAUCAUCACCAUCAGCAUCAUCAUCAACAACAAUAACAACACUAGUUGAUUCAACAGCUAAAGAACCAAAAACAAGUCUAGAAAUGAGUACACAAUCAAUUGAAACGUUUGUUCAACAUUUUGAUAGUUCCUUUAAUACUAUGACUUAUUUUCAAGAAAAACUUCAACAUUUACUUGUAUCUAUAGCACAAGAACGAGAUACAUAUCGAACACUUUAUCUCAAGGAACAUGAUCGUCGUAUAGCUGCUGAAUUACGACUUAAAGAGAAUAACAAUACUAUUGCCUAG